AUGUUUUUUUUAAAUCGGCAAUUGUUCUAUAAAGGGAAAUAUAUACCUGUUGGAAGAAGAGUGUUUAGAGAAAAAUUGGUGACAGGGCGAAAGCAGAAAUCUCCAAUUAUUUUAUUGCCUCCAUAUAUAUCAAUACAUGAACUUCGAUUAAUGCUAAAUAUAAAUUAUGAAAUUUGUUUUAAAGUAGCAAAUGUAUAUAAAUGUGGUAAUAAAUAUCGAUGGAAAGAUUCAAAUGAUAGAGUUUUUCAAACAGUAAAUAAAAGGAAUGUAAUUAUACCUUAUAAUGUAGCAGCGUUUGUAAGUAAGGUUUUUAAAUUUAAGCCAAGGCUUAUUGAACCAGAGUUAUAUUGUGAAGAAGAAAAUAGAUCCGAUAUUUCGUUGGAAGACAUAUAUCAAAAAACGUAUAAAAUUGAAAAAGAUUACAAUGAAAAUCAAAGUAAAACUGAAGAUAAAUCAAACAUAUUUAAUAAUAACAAUUUUAUCAAUGAUAAUGAUACAUUCUCUAUUCCUGUUGAUGAAAUAAACAAAUAUACUGAAUCAAAUGAAUCGAAAAAAAAACGAAAUAACUAUUACACAGUUGUUUCUGUAAUAGGGCAUAUAAAUCAUGGAAAAACAACACUUUUAGAUAAAGUUACUAAUAAUAAUUUAGCACAUUAUGAAGCUGGUUGUAUUACACAAAAUAUAAAGCCUAUACACUUUGAAUUAGAACCUUACAAAUUCACAUUUUUAGAUACACCAGGACAUAAAGUUUUUCAAAUUUUAAGAGGCCGUGCUGCCUUUCUUUCCGAUAUAUUAAUAAUAUUAAUUUCGUUAGAAGUUGGAGCAGAAAUUCAAACUGAAGAAGCAAUUAAAUAUGCAGAUAAAUUUAACAUACCUGUUAUUUUUGCUUUGAACAAAGCUGAUAUUUAUAAAGAAAAUGAAUCAGUAGUAAAAGCGGAGCUAAAAAAUCAAUGUAAUAAAAUGUUUGAUGAAGGAACUUUAAAACACAAUUAUUCAAACGAAAUAGAUAAUGCAAUUACCAUAUCAUCUUUAACUGGGUAUAAUUUACCCCGAUUAAUAAAUAGAAUAUAUUUUAUAAAACAAAAUAUUAACUUGCCAUAUCACAGUGCCAAUGUUUUUUACAGUAAUCAAAAUGGGAUCAAAAAAAAUGUACAAUUAAAAGAUGUAUCUAGUGCUAAUAAUAAUCAAAUCGAUAGUUUUUACAACAUCCAUGAUGAAAAUAAAGGAAGAGAAAAAAGAGAAUAUUGCUUGAGCUUGCUAAAAAAAUAUAUUCGGAAAUCGGAUUGCUUAUUAGCUUUAGACAAAACCCCAUUUGGUAUGGGGGUUGUUGUAGAUAUAACUAAAGACUCAAGUAAAGGAACUAUACUUCAUGUUAUUGUAAGAAAUGGAUUUUUUAUUGAAGGAAAUUAUUUUAUAUGUGGCUCUGCUUACGGAAGAAUCCAAAAAAUGUAUAAAUUUAAUAGUAAUUUUAAAGAAUAUUGUACAUAUGCAACAGUUGGUAUGGCUAUCCAAAUAUCAGGAAUAAAAAAAAAACACGGUAGUGCAACAACAGAUGAUUUAAUAUUUACCUUACCACAAAAUGAUGCAUUUCGUUUGUGCCAAUACAGACUGAUGGUAGAAAAAUUAUCUACUUUACAAGUUAGUGGAGACGAAAUUCAAGUUUCAUGGGAAAACGAUAUGAAAAAAAACGAAUUCUAUGCAGAAGAUAUUUAUGAAAACAGACUUGAAAUGUCAGAAAAAAGAAAAGCUAUUGAAGAAUUUGGAAUAGAGAAUGAAAAUAAUAUUUUUAAUCAAGUAACAAUGAAGGAUUUUCAUAAAAGUAAUACACAAAUUGAAAAAGAAGAAAAUGAUUUUGCAGAAAUCCAUUUAGAAGAGGAAAAUAAAUAUGAACAAAUAAAAAAUGAUAAAAAUAACUACAUUAAAAGCAUACUUUCACAAAAUGAUGAUGAUCAAAGCAUUUUAAUACCUGAACAAAAAAAAGUUAUAUUUUUUGAUAAUCAAGCAAGUAAUGAUAAUUUAUUAAAUAGCUUAGCUGAUUCCAAAAAAGAUGCAUAUCACAAAGAGGACCAACCACUCCAUCCAAAUUAUGCUCAUUCCGAUCAAAUUAGCCAAAAUAGUAAUUUAAAUAUUCAGAAUUAUUCACAGACAGACAUUUGCAUUGAAGAUGAUCCAAGUUCUAUGGCAAAUCAAAAGAUGAAUGAAAUAAAUAAUAAUAUACAACAUAGCAAAACAGAAAGCGAUGCUAUAGAUGGAGGAACAGAAUUCACUAAAAUAGGUAGAAAAAACAAAUAUUAUAAAAACAAAAAUACUAUAAAUAAUAUAUCUUUCAAUAAAGAAAAGUUGGAAAACGUAGCCAAUGAAGAAUAUAAUGAAGGACCGAACAAAUUAAAUGAACCUUGGUAUUAUGAGGAAAGUGAAGAUACAUGGUCUAAAAAAGUUCUACAACGAAAUGAAGAGCUUAUGGACAUUUGGAGAAACAAAACCAGACAAAGAGAGCUAGAAAAGGAAAGACAGCAAUUUUAUGAAAAACAAAUGAUAUUGAAAAAUGAAAUCACAAAAAGAAAUGUUUUAGGUGAAAAGCAAUUAACUGAAGAAGAAAUUAACAAUUAUCUUUAUAAUGACCACAAUAAAGAAGUUGAUUCAAAUUCAUCAAAACAAGAAGAAGGAAUCAAGCUUCCAAAAAAAAAUAUUCCUGUUAUACCUAUUAUUAUAAGAACUAACUAUGUUGGAAUGUUUGAUAUUUUUUUAGAUGAAUUUGAAAACAUUCAAAACAAAUAUAAUGUAAAAAUUUCCGUUGUUCAUGGAGGCAUAGGGCCUGUUACUCCAAGUGAUGUUGUACAUGCUGAAGUAGAAACUAAUUAUGGGUAUUGUUGUAUUUACGCAUUUCAUGUCAAAGUAUUACCGGAUUCGGUAAAGCAAGCUGUCCUCUCCAAUAUUGUAAUAAAACAAUUUGAUGUAUUUACUGAUGUCAUCGAUGAUAUAGUUAAAAGAAUUAAAAAUAUUAAAGCUUUAAUGGCACAUAACAUGUAUGUAAGAAGUCUUAAAAAUGAAAGGACACAAGAAGGAUUAUAA